UUGACAGUAUUGGAAUAUGACAGGGAAGAUCAAUGCACCAUGAGUUUGUGACUUAAUUUUUUUUUUUUUGUGGGGGCGGGUUACUGUGUUAAAGUGUGUUGAUUUGGGGAUAUUAAUUUUCCCUGUAGCUGUACUCCUCUGAGAACUUAGGUUUCUAAAUGAUUCUUUCCUGCUAUGUCAGGCCUUAUAGUUUUUGUUUCUGUUAUUUUUGCUAUGUUUUGUUUUGCUAUCAGCUCUUUUUCCUUCUUUCAGUCUCAGGAUGCAGGAAUCAAGACUAUUACUAUGCUGGAUGAACAAGGGGAACAACUAAACCGCAUAGAAGAAGGCAUGGAUCAAAUAAAUAAAGACAUGAAAGAGGCAGAGAAGACUUUAACGGAACUCAACAAGUGCUGUGGCCUUUGUGUCUGCCCAUGUAAUAGAUUCUCAGAUGUUGAUUGUUUCAAUGAAAUCAGGACAAAGAACUUUGAGGCUGGUAAGGCCUAUAAGGCAACAUGGGGAGAUGGUGGAGACAACUCUUCUAGCAAUGUAGUAUCUAAGCAGCCCGGCCGAGUGACAAAUGGUCAGCCUCAGCAAGCAACCACAGGAGCAGCCAGUGGUGGAUACAUUAAACGUAUAACUAAUGAUGCCAGAGAAGAUGAAAUGGAAGAGAACCUGACUCAAGUGGGCAAUAUCCUAGGAAAUCUAAAAAAUAUGGCCAUAGACAUGGGCAGUGGAAUUGACGCUCAAAAUCGACAAAUAGAGCGGAUCACAGAAAAGGCUGACACCAACAAAGAUCGUAUUGACAUUGCCAAUGCCAGAGCAAAGAAACUCAUUGAUAGCUAAAGUACUGCUGGACUUCUUUACCAUUUAUUCACUUGCCUAUAUCUUCCUUCAAAGUCAUUGCCUUUUCAGAGUUUGAAAUUUUGGUCCCGCACUCUUCUAAUCAGGAGAUAAUGUGGCAGAAGGGUGAGGAGUAACAGCCCCCCCUAUUUUUUUAUUUUCUCUUUUUCCCUUGAGGGUAGGCUGCUUCUCAGUCUUCCAGCAUUUUCUUUCUCAGUUUAUACUCUUAGUUGAUGCCAUACAUCGUAGAUAGUGAUGUUUUUUUCACCCUCCUCAUUUACUGUAGCAGGUUCUUCUGCUUUCAAGAUUUGGAAGCAUUGCCAAAGACAGCCAUAAAAAAGGAAGCUGGGAGGAUGGGUGGGGGAGUGCAAGAAGGGGAAGCAAGAGGCAAGAGGUUGUUACCUCAGUAAAACUUUCAGGCCACAAAGCAAAAAGUUGCAUAGCCACAGUAAAGAGUUAGUUGGGUUUAGUUUUUAAGUUGCAGUUAUUGCCAAUUUAGGCUCUUUGUUUUGGAGCUUUUAUAUAUAAUAUUUUUGUUAUACAUCACAAUUUUGCAACCUCUGCUUCAAAAAAGAAUGGAAGUUUUCUUAAAGUGAGCUUAAUUCCUGAACUCUUAGUAUUUCAUAUAUGUAAAUAGAUUCUGUGAUCACAUUGCAUAUUGCACCAUACAGGAACACUUUGUGUAAAUGAAUAGCUUUUUAUUUUCAUAUUAGUAUCAUGGUCCCAUUACAGGCCUAUUAACCUCAUAAAUUUGUCAUUAGCCUUUGAAGAAAAAGAUAUGUAAAUAUGUAAGUGUAACAUGAGAAUUUCUCUCUAAAGCAUGGCUUAAAAUUUUUUGGAGAAUUUUGACAAAGUAUAUCACGUGAAUUCAGAUUUACCUCAAUGCAAGAAUUAUGUUUUAGAUAGGAAAAAAGAAACUUGUUUUGAUCUCAGGUAGAAAAAUUGUUAGAUUGCUUUGAGUUUCAUGUAGAUUUAGACUUAAAAAGCUAGAAUUCUGUUUAACUGAAAGCGAUUUAGAAAAUUAUACUUUUGGUUUGAUUACUGAUGAUUGCAUUAUCAUUCAUCCUCAGCCUCGGGUAUUGAACUAUGUUCAGAAUUACGUUUAUUUGGAUCCUGAACAGUGUUGUAAGAAUCUGAUUGGUAUUUGUCACCUUUAUUUACAAGGUAGCAAAAAAAAGGGCACCUGUGCACUUCAAAGCUACUAAUGUGAUUGGUUUGACCAAUAACCAUUGCUUAAUCCUUACAAUUAAAUGUUGUAACUAAUGGAACUGUUC